AUGGCCAGCAUCAAAGCAAAUUGCCGCAAGGUCAUCUGUAUUGGACGCAACUAUGCGGACCACAUUACUGAGUUGAACUCAGCACGACCAGCCCAACCGUUCUUCUUCCUUAAGCCACCCUCCUCGAUCCUUUUACCGGACAAAGGCCCCAUUAUUCGCCCACGUGGAGUUACUCUACACCAUGAAGUUGAGCUGGGUCUUGUGAUUGGGAAAACCCCAAAGCCUUUGAAGAACCUGCGGGCAGAUGACACAAAAUUCCUCGACCACAUCCAGAGCUACUUCUUGAGCAUUGACGUGACAGCUCGAAAUGUGCAAGAUGAGGCAAAGAAGAAGGGCCUGCCAUGGAGCAUCUCCAAGGGCUUUGAUACCUUUUUGCCUAUAAGCCAUGAGAUCCCUUUCGAUCGCAUUCCAGAUCCGCAUAAUGUCCUUUUGUGGUUGAGUGUGAACGAAGAAAUCAGACAAAAGGACAACUCCAAUCUGAUGCUUUUCAAUAUUCCCCGAAUGCUUUCCGAUAUCAGCAAAGUUAUGGCUCUCGAGGAAGGCGACAUCAUCUUGACAGGUACACCUAAAGGUGUCGGUCCCAUGAAGGGCGGAGACAUAGUAAAGUGCGGCUUGGAGGUGGACAAUCAAGAAGUCGUCGAGGCAAGAAUCGAAGUUGAGGUUGUCGAUGAUGAGAGCGUGGACGGAUACGUCUUCAAAGAGACGUGA